AUGUUUUUAGUAAGAGUUCAAAUAAAAAAUCUUAUGGCAAAAACAUUUGUAACAUUUAAUACUAGACAGAACUUUAAGAUGGUAAGAAGGACUCUUUUCCUUAUUACUUGGAAGGCCUUUUUGACGUACUCCUGCUUAUGUCCAAGCACAUAUUUAGGAAAUGGCCACUGCGACUCCCAGUGCAAUGUUGCUGCUUGUAAUUAUGACCAAGGCGACUGCGACUCCGAUUCUUCAGGCAGUUCCGAUUCAAAUACAAUAAUAGCAACUAUUGUAGGUGUUGUGGUCGGAAUUUUUGUAAUUUUUUGGCUGUAAUCUUCAUCUAGGGUAAUCGGCUGUACGAUUUACUGCAAAUAUCUUCAUAAAAAGAAAAAUCAAGUAUCCUGCGGUAUUCAAAACGAGAUUGAUGGAAACUCCAUAAGAGGAUCCGACAUCGAGUCAUCGCAGUUAAUAACAAAAGAAAUUAUUCAAAAAAUAUCUCCUAUUGAGAAUUAUUACGUAGGAAUACCGAUGGAAGGAGACCCUAUGUGCUCAGUUUGCUAUAUUGAUUUUAAAAUUGGAGAUUGAAUAAGAAGAACUCAUUGCCUACAUUUAUUUCAUGCAAAGUGCUUGGAUGAAUGAUUACUAUCUAGAAAUUUAACACCUAAAUGCCCAACUUGCGAGAGGCCAUUUCUGGAAUAG